UGCAUAAACAUACCAUCACAAGAACAUUCCCGCCGGAAGAAGAUUUUUGGACUAGGAAAUCUAUCGUCGUGUAACAUCAAUCGCAUGGAAAACAACGUUUGUAAGCUUAAUUUGAAUGUCAUCUUUCUGAAAACACCAGGACCUUAAAUCUUAAGCUGUCAGUCAGAAAGAAUUUCGCAUUUUAGAAGUGGGAUGUACAUGACAUCUUCGAGAACUCAUCAUGGCCUCCCCCGCCAACUCAACUUCGCUGCCUGAUUCGGAUUAUGGGGCUGCUACUGGCGACCCUGGCAGUUUCGGGGAGGAGGAUGGCGAUUUCCAGGGCCCUCACAACUGGAGGCAACGUCUGAAACCCGUCAAAAGUCGAAGUAAAGACGGAGAUGACGAGGCGACCGAGGAAGAUCUCGACCCCACCAGCCCUUCUGAGAGUAUUUUGAAAGAUGAGAAAAAGCCCCCCAUCGUGGCCAAGGAAGAACGUCUGGAUGACGGGAGGAUUAGAGAGCGGCUCAAGUCCAUGCCGGCCUGGAAGAAAGAUCUGCUGGAGAAGAAGAAAACAAGGCCUUCAUACACUCGACACAGCAAUGGAUCUGCAGCGUCGGUAGCUCCAUCACAGAUUCCUCUAAGCAUAUCAAGUGGAUUAAAGAGAAGAAACACAAACCCCGGAGCAGAGUCGGCCUUCACACAGCAAGUCGUCAACUCACAGCCGAUUCUCUCGGGGGUUCCACGCAAGAAAGUCUCACCUUCCAAUUCUUUUCGUCAACCCACUCCGGGUCAACCAGUAUCGGGUCGACGCAACCUGUCCAACCCUCUCAUCGACCCAGCCUCCAACAGUGAACUGUCCAAGAAACGUAUCGAGCGGGUGCAGCGCGCCCGGCUCUACCUGCUACAACAAAUGGGCCCAAAUUCCUUCCUCAUCGGCGGGGACUCUCCAGACCACAAGUUCCGUGUUAUCAUCGGACCGCAGACCUGCAGCUGUGGACGUCACCCCCAUUGUGUCCACGUGCUGUUCGUCAUGCUGAGGGUAUUCCAGGUCCGACACAACGACAACUGCCUCUGGAGCAAGACACUUAAAAACUAUGAAGUGGAAAAUUUAUUUCGAAUCUACCAUGACCGACGAUCAUCCCGUAUCCAUAGUCGUCGAUUGGAGAAAGAGAGAAAGAAGGAAACAGCACAGCAACAAGAAGAUACUGUCAACAGCUCAGCUGAAAACACCAGCCUGCCCUCAGAGAGUGACACGGGCAGUAUGCGGGAGGAGGAGGACACAUGCCCCAUCUGUCUCCUGGAGAUGCUGGAGGGAGAGAGUCUGCUCAAGUGUGAGAACGGCUGUCACAACCGCCUCCACCAUCACUGUAUUGCUAUAUGGUUUGAGGAGUGUAGGAGGCAGAAUGAACCUCUCAUCUGCCCCCUGUGUCGAGCCCAGUGGAAGACCAUGACAGUCGAAAUUAAGAACACUCCAGCAGACUCUGACCCCCCUGACGCACCCCCCAACACCCGUGCCCCUUCCCCCCAGGCAGUACAGGAGAGUGAGCUGCGUCUCCCCCACGCUGAACCCAUCCCUAGAGACAACCUGCCCACAGCAGAGCCGUGGAUACAGGUGCUUGGAGAAGAUCUUGUCUCAUGUUUGUUUUCUCGGAACUGGUCAAUUCGGGAGACUGGUCUGAAACAUCUAAGCAAAGAAGUCAUCGCAACACUCCUUCGUGGGAUGGGUGAGGGACGCUCAGGCGUACUUAUCUCCCCUGACCGCCAGGCCACAACCCAGCAGAUGCUGGACACCUGCUCCAAGGUUCUGGCCUUCAUGUGUGGGGAUCCUGUCUACCGAGUCUUUGUGGCCAGCUUGAGAGCUAUGCGGACCAUGUUAUCGUACACGCCGUGCCGCGACAAACAACAACAGCAGCGUUUACAAAAUCUCCUGCGACCAAUCGUAGACGCCAUUGUCAUCAAGUGUACAGAUGGAACAAAACGAACCAGUCAGCUGUCAGUGUCCACGCUGGUGGAGUUGGCCAAGGGUCAGUGCGGGGAGUUGGCUGUAGGCAGGGAGAUACUCAACCCAGUGUCUUUGACAGGUCCCAAAGGCCUGGAUGGUCUCAACUAUGUGCUCAAAUGUGUAACGGAAGAAUACAGCGUGGACAGUGUGCAGUGGCAAUGGCUGCUGGGGAGACUCUACAUCAUCGAGAAGCUCCUGGAGGAGUUCCCUCAAGACUUCCUCCCGAGAGAGAUCGAGGGCGCUGCAGAUGCCAGCCCUGACACCACCAUCCCCGAUGAGGCUGGGGCAUCAGCUGGUGAAGGUGUCCGCCAGGCUGACACUUCCCUCAGACUGUUGUCUGUUGCUAGGUUCUCUGUGAAGGCUGUGUGUAAUGCUCAUGUUCGUAUUUCUCGUAUGGCCCGCAGGGUGUUCCUGUUGACGGCUAAACUCGGUGCUCAUCUUCACUCCAUUGUCACUGAGCUGGAGGAUCUCCUCUCAGACAUCGACUCUUCUUCUGUGAUAUCUGUAAAACGAAAAUUAACAAGAAUAAUCAACGAUUUUCAAUUAUCUGAAAAGAUUGUACAGGAACUGCAACAUGGCUCAAAGAAACAUUUCCAUGCUGAUGCUGACUCCCCCCUUGGUUCCCCCAACGAAUCCCCCGUCUCUACCCCCAGGUGCCCCUCCCCCGCCACGUAUUGCUCUGAAAGCCAGAGUGAGACCGGUGCCAAGUCAGUCCCAUCAUGUCCACCCAACACACCCACCCACAGCCGCUCAAGGAGAAAGAAAAGAUCAAUACCACGCCGAAUUACAAGAGACUCGGUACUUUUGGCCAAAUCUCGGCAUGCAGAUCUUCAGGUUGAAAAUGUAGAUUGUGAAGAUGCUCAAACAACUAACAAUGCAGCAAAGUCUGAUGUAGUUCCUCUAAUCUGUGUUACGUCAUCCACAAGUAGCCAGAAACCAAUAGAACCACAGCAGCAGAAGACAGAAGCAGACGACAGUCUCCUGGCACAGAAAGACUCAUUAAGCAACACUGUGGUCGACUUUGAUGAGCACAUCUCAUUAUGUGAUGAGGAGGGACCCACCCACAACCCUUGUAUUCACCGCUCAGUCGCAGGGUGCUGUAGCGCCUCCCCUGGGGAGGAGGAGGCCAUUCCUGUGGGGUCAGCUGCGGCUCCCAACACCCCGGAGCAUGCUCCCCACUUCCACACGGCAGAUCAGGAAACGAUGAGUAGUGACGACCUCCUGGACAUCCAUGGAACGUCAUCUCCAGACACACCCAGUGAGAGGCCAGUGUCAUUCAAGUCUGAGGUGGCUGAAUCCCCCAAGAGCUCACCUAGCCAUACUGCUGAUCAAGCUCUGAGGCACACGCACACCCACCACAGUGACAAGUGUUCCUGCAAGGAGGAGGUGGAGAGGGAGGAGGCGGAGGCCCUGGCCCGUGCUAUGGCCGUGUCGGAGAGGCAAGAUCCGUGCCCCGUUGUGCCCGGACUCACACCCACAGCCAGAGAGGAGGUCCUCACAAUACGGAUACAACCAGAGGAUGGGACCUCCAGCAGCACAGAGUCGGACCAGCCGUCAAUAUACUACGAAAACAUUCACUGGGUGAAGGGUCCCCUGCUUGGGACGGGAGCCUACAGCACCUGCUACCAGGCGCGGGACGUCCGCACCGGGGUGCUCAUGGCAGUCAAACAGAUUUCGUUCUGCCGGAACAGCCCGAUGGAGCAGGAGAAGGUGAUCCAGGCAAUAGCAGAGGAGGUGCAGAUGAUGGCCCGACUGGCACAUCCCAACGUCGUCCGCAUCUUUGGCGCCACCAAGCAGGGAUGCCACUUCAACAUGUUUGUGGAGUGGAUGCCAGGCGGGUCUCUGACCUAUCUCCUCGGUCGAUACGGGUCUUUCUCUGACGAGGUGAUAGCAAACUACACCAGGCAGAUCCUUCAGGGUCUCGCUUAUCUCCAUGACAAUGGCAUUCUUCAUCGUGAUCUCAAAGGAGCUAACUUGCUGGUGGACAGUACGGGGCAGCGGUUGAGGAUAGGAGACUUCGGAGCUGCAGCACGGUUAGCAUCUCAAGCUACGGGUGCAGGAGAGUUCCAGGGACAGUUGCUCGGCACUAUUGCCUUCAUGGCACCAGAGGUGUUGCGAGGUGAGAACUAUGGUCGUGCCUGUGACGUGUGGAGCGUUGGCUGUUGUAUGAUCGAAAUGGCCACCACCAAACCUCCCUGGAAUGCUCCUGAUGUAUCUAAUCAUCUUGCUCUUAUAUUCAAGAUUGCAUCGUCUGUUGAAUCUCCUCCCAUUCCCGAGAACCUGUCCCCAGCAGUGCGAGACCUGAUGCUGCGAUGUCUGGAGCAGAGCUCCGAGUUCCGCCCCAACGCUAGGGAACUGCUGAUGCACCCUCUCUUCACCCAAUAUAAGAAGUCCUGACUGCUUUCUGUGCCAACUCUCAUGACACCUUCCGUCAUGAUACCUUUAUUAGUGUCUACAUGACAUUCUCGUGCCAUAACUUGUUACAGUGUCUUUGUGACGUUGUGCCCUGAUACCUGUCAAGAGUGUCAUCGUGAUUUUGUCAUGUUGUGAUAACUGUCAGUGUCUUCAUGACAGGGUCAUGUUAUAUUAAAUGUUAGUGUAUUCAUGACAUGGUCAUGGUACGUUAACUGCAUGAUACUGUCAUGAGAACUGUCAGUGUCUGCAUGACGUCAUGCUGCGACCUCUUGUCGUAGUGUACAGGGUUUGACGUCUUCCUACUGUUGCAGGGCAUUCAGUGAGAUAACUUUGUAUAUUUGAGGGGGAUAAAUACCAAAUUUCAUGACUAAGAUCUUUAAUUAGGACAUACUUAAGAGUGAUGAUACUUUGACUGUGAUGCAGGUAGCUUCAACAUAGUAGAUUAAUGCAAGCAAAUACUACGCAUUUCGGUUACAUGUCAAGGCAUUAUCUACCAUGCUGCAGCAUGAAAGUGGAUAGACUUUUCAGUUUGGGUAUUUAAUCACAGUCACAGUGUCACAAGUGCUGAUACUAGGUCUGGUUAAGGAUCUUACAUCAUCUGAUCUGUGAUGGCAUAAAUGUAAAACCACUGCCGGUCAGUGGUCAUCUGUAUAUGGAGAAUUUAUCAUGGAUAUAAAUUUAUAAAGCAAUGUACAUGAUGCAACUAGUGCACCCACGGGCUGGGCUGCACCGCAUGUACAUUGGAGACAAGCACCUGCUGUCGUUGAGACAACACAGGGCUGUUCACACACAUCUGCACCCACAGGCUGGGAUGCACCGUGUGAUAUUCAGGACAAGCGCCUGUUGUCACAGGGACAAAACAGGGCUGUUCACACAUUUUAUCAUGAUCAUUGAUCAACAACCCAAAACGGGUACGUUAACCAAGAAAUGGCAUUUGCUUUGCCACGACCGAAAGGUCCUAGAUGUAACAUGUUCCGACAGUUAAGAGCUGUCAUGGGACGUCUCGACAAGAACUUACGCACCUUUGCAGCUAAGAACUGUUAUUUUAUUGACUACCAAGCUGCAAAAGUGAAUUUCGAUUGGGAGAAGAUAAUCUUCUCCUGUGACUUUUAUCCAGGACCCAGAAGGGAACUCCAUGGAUCACUCACUAUAUUGCUGACUGUAUUACUGAAGGCUUUACGAAGUUACCCUGCUACAGACUUAACGCCACUUGAAGCAAGUGCCCAACCUGUGUGCAUUGUGGGAUAUGUCAAGUAUGAUAGAAUACGCUUAUGGUCAGUUCGGGGACUAGGCAUUAGGGAAACAACAAAGCAUUAUAUGUCUACUCUUCAACCUCAUACCAUUUGUUCUUCUAGUCUACAAGCUGCAAAUAUUUGUCUCUACCCUACAGAGAUGAUUGCUCACUCGACAUGCAAGUUGAGAACAUUUGUCUCUACCCUACAGAGAUGAUUGCUCACUCUGUCAUGCAAGUUGAGAACAUUUGUCUCUAACCUACAGAGAUGAUUGCUCACUCAACAUGCAAGUAGAGAACAUUUGUCUCUAACCUACAGAGAUGAUUGCUCACUCAACAUGCAAGUAGAGAACAUUUGUCUCUAACCUACAGAGAUGAUUGCUCACUCUGUCAUGCAAGUUGAGAACAUUUGUCUCUAACCUACAGAGAUGAUUGCUCACUCAACAUGCAAGUAGAGAACAUUUGUCUCUAACCUACAGAGAUGAUUGCUCACUCAACAUGCAAGUAGAGAACAUUUGUCUCUAACCUACAGAGAUGAUUGCUCACUCAACAUGCAAGUAGAGAACAUUUGUCUCUAACCUACAGAGAUGAUUGCUCACUCUGUCAUGCAAGUUGAGAACAUUUGUCUCUAACCUACAGAGAUGAUUGCUCACUCAACAUGCAAGUAGAGAACAUUUGUCUCUACCCUACAGAGAUGAUUGCUCACUCAGUCAUGCAAGUAGAGAACAUUUGUCUCUACCCUACAGAGAUGAUUGCUCACUCUGUCAUGCAAGUAGAGAACAUUUGUCUCUACCCUACAGAGAUGAUUGCUCACUCUGUCAUGCAAGUUGAGAACAUUUGUCUCUACCCUACAGAGAUGAUUGCUCACUCGACAUGCAAGUUGAGAACAUUUGUCUCUACCCUACAGAGAUGAUUGCUCACUCUGUCAUGCAAGUUGAGAACAUUUGUCUCUAACCUACAGAGAUGAUUGCUCACUCAACAUGCAAGUAGAGAACAUUUGUCUCUAACCUACAGAGAUGAUUGCUCACUCGGUAUGCAAGUUGAGAACAUUUGUCUCUACCCUACAGAGAUGAUUGCUCACUCUAUCAUGCAAGUUGAGAACAUUUGUCUCUACCCUACAGAGAUGAUUGCUCACUCAACAUGCAAGUAGAGAACAUUUGUCUCUAACCUACAGAGAUGAUUGCUCACUCUGUCAUGCAAGUUGAGAACAUUUGUCUCUAACCUACAGAGAUGAUUGCUCACUCUGUCAUGCAAAUAGAGAACAUUUGUCUCUACCCUACAGAGAUGAUUGCUCACUCUGUCAUGCAAGUAGAGAACAUUUGUCUCUACCCUACAGAGAUGAUUGCUCACUCUGUCAUGCAAGUAGAGAACAUUUGUCUCUACCCUACAGAGAUGAUUGCUCACUCUGUCAUGCAAGUUGAGAACAUUUGUCUCUACCCUACAGAGAUGAUUGCUCACUCAACAUGCAAGUAGAGAACAUUUGUCUCUACCCUACAGAGAUGAUUGCUCACACUGUCAUGCAAGUUGAGAACAUUUGUCUCUACCCUACAGAGAUGAUUGCUCACUCUGACAUGCAAAUAGAGAACAUUUGUCUCUACCCUACAGAGAUGAUUGCUCACUCUGUCAUGCAAAUAGAGAACAUUUGUCUCUACCCUACAGAGAUGAUUGCUCACUCUGUCAUGCAAGUAGAGAACAUUUGUCUCUACCCUACAGAGAUGAUUGCUCACUCGGACAUGCAAAUAGAGAACAUUUGUCUCUACCCUACAGAGAUGAUUGCUCACUCUGUCAUGCAAGUAGAGAACAUUUGUCUCUACCCUACAGAGAUGAUUGCUCACUCGGUAUGCAAGUUGAGAACAUUUGUCUCUACCCUACAGAGAUGAUUGCUUACUCGGUAUGCAAGUAGAGAACUUCUGUCUCUACCCUACAGAGAUGAUUGCUCACUCUGUCAUGCAAGUAGAGAACAUUUGUCUCUACCCUACAGAGAUGAUUGCUCACUCAACAUGCAAGUAGAGAACAUUUGUCUCUACCCAACAGAGAUGAUUGCUCACUCUGUCAUGCAAGUAGAGAACAUUUGUCUGUCAUCUACAAAUGUGGACACCAUUCAUCUCUAACUUACAACCUAAGGUUAUUUGUUUCUCUGACAUACAAGCUGAGAGCAUUUAUGUAACUUAACAUCUCUGGGAAGAUAUUAUCAAAGUACUCAUGCUGGUUGAAAUAAAACAAUAUACACCAGCAUUAGCCACAGGUUGUAACACUUAGUAUGUUUAAAUGACAUUUAAGAUCUUUUAAUAGAUUUUAAGAGUGUUGCAGUAUUUCAAGAUGCCAAAAAAAUACAUAUCUCAUGUUUAUAAAUGAAUUAUCUAUUAUGAAGAGCAUUAUGAAAUCAACAAACUUUUAAUAUAUAUUUUAUGGAGAUAGGUAUCUAUAUUUAUAUAUAUAUAUUUACUACAGGCAGGAAUAUCACUCUACCUAGUCACAAUAGAUUUAUAUCUUCUGAGCAAACUCAGUGCCUACCGUUAAUGAAUGCACUAUGGAAUCUGUGCCUUGAACAACUAUUUUUUAUAUCAUUAUACAGAGGCACCCUAAGACAGGCUGUCCCACCGUUGUGGCAUGAAUGCAGAUUGCAAGUCAACUGCUUGUGAAAUCAUCACCUAAUAUACCAAUUGUGUAUUCAAAUCCACUUCAUUGUAUUAUGAUUGUACCAGAAGUGUUCAAAUGAGACUUACGAACAUUAACAGUAGGUCUGGUAAUCAUUGAGAAAAGUUCUGCCUGCAUUUAUGGAUUAUUGUCUAAAAGAUGACAACUUGUGAUGAGUCUGUAUGGGUCGCCUUAAUCAUGCAUAAUGUUCGAUCUUUACACCCGAUCUGUUCAAUUGUCUACGAUGGUUUUGUCCUGAAAUGGUUUACUCUGGAUGUCUGUCUCUCCGUCUCUCCGUCUCUCCUCUGCUGCCUUGUGUAUUUUGAUAGCAAUGUAUAUAAAUCACAUCAUUUCUCUCCACUAGCAGGUGCUCUCAAUACUUACUAUGCAGGGCUGGCCUAUCCUCCUCCUGCAGGACAAGUCACUAGAAGUGAGAGAUGUACAUUUGCCCUGGCCUGAUGGAGGGGGAAAGGGCAGACUCACUUGUUAUUCCAUCUAGAAAUGAUUCCAAGUAUUUAUCAGGGGUUUUAUACUAUAGUAAGGCAGCAGUGCCAGGGGGCUAAGUGUGUUUCCUUUGGGAGCAACAACCGUGUGCUUGUGUGAGAGGGCGUGUGUGGAUGUGUGUAAAUGUUCUAUGUAGUGAUGUCUUCAGUGUCUUCUUGUACUGAAUGGCUGCUGUUUUAUUGGUCAAGUUGUGCUGUAGAUAGUAUUCUUAUCUUUACAAAGUCUUAUUGUAAUUCGAUUUGUGUAUUUCCACUCUGGUUACCAUUUCUAACUAUUCAAUGAUGAGUAGACAGUGGUCUUGCCCACUGGCGGAUCCAAUGGGGAGGAGCACACCCCUUUUUUCAGACAUUCAACUGUCCUUCGCGGAGUAAGUUGGGACAUCAGAAUUAUGGGCAUCCCAACCGUUUUUCCAAAAAUCUGCUAAACGUAUACGAUAGGUCAUCAAUUGUUGACAAAUUAUCAGUAGAUUCUGUGUUUCUGGUCUAAAAUUCUAACAUUUCAGUGUCAUUGAUAAAAGAAGCUAGCUAGAACUAAUCCACAACUAUUCCCAGGACGAUUCUGGCUAUUCUAUCUGUCCUUAUACUGUAAUCGACAUCGACUUGCAGAUUGUACUUUACCUGUGUGAGAGGCGGUCGGGUAGCCUAGGGGUUACCCGUGUGAAACGUCAACAUGUAUUACAUGUUUCACUGACAGAAUGCUCCCUCUUCAAAAUUAAUAUCCUACUGUUUCCUGUAAAGGUCACUUCCAGUUGACCAGCAGCCAUCAGAUCUGUGACUGUAACUGCCUUUCCAAAAGGUGUCAAUGUGUGUAUGCUUGUGCCUUUUUAGCUAAAGACUAUGUGAUUUAGUUUUCUCACUUUUACAAUCAAGGCAAUCAGAAUCAAGGUGCCCAUCGUCUGGUUAUGUCAGAAUUUCAAUGCGGCCUGCGGAGUACACACAAAAAGGUGUGUUGUGUUCUAAUGUGAUUUAAUAACUCCCUUGGAACGUAGUACACUUGUACUGCCAAAAGGAUAUUUGACUGUUGACUCUUUUUAAAAUCCUGACAUUUCCAUGACCUGGGACGAAGACCUAUUUGCACUUACAAAGACCACUCUAGCCAUUUAAGGUCUACUGUUCAAUAAGGUCUAUGUAACCAAGGCGAUUAAUGUGAUAUGCUGUUGAGAAAGGUGUUUGUCACAAUGUAUUGAUUGCCAAGUACCAAAUGAUGUCAACCACCGAAAAUGUAAAGGGCGCCAAAAAGUGGAAAUCUCAAGCAAUUUCUACUCUGUAGAGAUGUCGGUUGACCCGGCUUCAAGGAUAAGGUCACAACCCAACACUCAGAAUGGGGUCAUUGGGCUUAUCUGGUCAUUGAUAAGAUAAUAAAAUCAACAUUAAUACAAUGUGACCCCAUGAUUAAAGGUGACCUUGAUUAUCUCCACCAGUGUGUCGUGUGAGAAACUAUGUAUCUCAAAAGUGCUACAAUCAUAUCAGAGGAUUUUUUUUAUUGUGUUGAAUGUAGUUUGGCUGCAAGUUUUUAUUUUCGGUUUUUAGAUGGUUGUGAUUGUUAAGUCUGAGUUUUAUAUAGUGGCAGUUUGGUUUAUUUUGACUGAAAUUCAUAUCAGUAAUCUGCUAUCACAUUUGAACAUGCCUUUGCCUUUAUGAUGAAAUUUUACAACUUCAUAAUUGAUGUCAGCAAUAAACCGUCAAAUAGACCACA